AUGAGCGGGGGCCGCUUCGACUUUGAUGAUGGCGGGGCGUACUGUGGGGGCUGGGAGGGGGGGAAGGCCCACGGGCACGGACUGUGCACUGGCCCCAAGGGCCAGGGCGAAUACUCAGGCUCCUGGAACUUUGGCUUCGAAGUGGCGGGCGUCUACACCUGGCCCAGUGGAAAUACCUUCGAGGGAUACUGGAGCCAGGGCAAGCGGCAUGGGCUGGGCAUAGAGACCAAGGGGCGCUGGCUCUACAAGGGUGAGUGGACACAUGGCUUCAAGGGGCGCUACGGAACCCGGCAGAGCACCAGCAGCGGUGCCAAGUACGAGGGCACUUGGAACAAUGGCCUGCAGGAUGGCUACGGCACUGAGACCUAUGCAGAUGGAGGGACUUACCAAGGCCAGUUUACCAACGGCAUGCGCCAUGGCUAUGGGGUGCGCCAGAGCGUGCCCUACGGGAUGGCCGUGGUGGUGCGCUCGCCGCUGCGCACGUCGCUGUCAUCUCUGCGCAGCGAGCACAGCAAUGGCACAGUGGCCCCGGACUCGCCCACCUCACCAGCCUCCGAUGGCCCGACGCUGCCCUCGCCGGCCAUCCCCCGCGGUGGCUUCGCGCUCAGCCUGCUGGCCAGUGGCGAGGCGGCGCGCGCGCCCCGUGGUGGCCUCUUCCAGCGGGGCGCCCUCCUGGGCAAGCUGCGGCGCACUGAGUCACGCACGUCCCUGGGCAGCCAGCGCAGUCGCGUCAGCUUCCUGAAGAGCGACCUGAGCUCCGGGGCCAGCGACGCAGCCUCCACCGCCAGCCUGGGCGAGGGCGCCGAGGGCACCGACGACGCCGCGCCUUUUGAGGCGGACAUCGACGCCACCACCACCGAGACGUACAUGGGCGAGUGGAAGAAUGACAAGCGCUCGGGCUUCGGCGUGAGCGAGCGCUCCAGUGGCCUGCGCUACGAGGGCGAGUGGCUGGACAACCUGCGCCACGGCUACGGCUGCACCACGCUGCCCGACGGCCACCGCGAGGAGGGCAAGUACCGCCACAACGUGCUGGUCAAGGGCACCAAGCGCCGCGUGCUGCCGCUCAAGAGCAACAAGGUCCGCCAGAAGGUGGAGCACAGUGUGGAGGGUGCCCAGCGCGCCGCCGCCAUCGCGCGCCAGAAGGCCGAGAUCGCCGCCUCCAGGACAAGCCACGCCAGGGCCAAAGCUGAGGCAGCGGAACAGGCUGCUCUGGCCGCCAACCAGGAAUCGAACAUUGCCCGCACUCUGGCCAGGGAGCUGGCUCCAGACUUCUAUCAGCCAGGUCCGGAAUAUCAGAAGCGCCGGCUGCUGCAGGAGAUCCUGGAGAACUCGGAGAGCCUGCUGGAGCCCCCCGAGCGGGGCGCGGGCGCCGCAGGCGUCCGGCAGCCUCCCCGCGAGAGCCCGCAGCUGCACGAGCGCGAGACCCCGCGGCCCGAAGGGGGCCCGCCGUCGCCGGCCGGGACUCCCCCGCAGCCCAAGCGUCCCCGGCCGGGGACGUCCAAGGACGGCCUGCUGGGCCCGGGCGCCUGGAACGGCGAGUCUGGUGGCGAGGGCAGCCGGCCCGUCACGCCGUCCGAGGGCGCGGGCCGCCGCAGCCCCGCGCGCCCCGCCACCGAACACAUGGCCAUCGAGGCGCUGCAGGCUCCGCCCGCGCCGUCGCGGGAUCCCGAGGUGGCGCUGUACCGCGGCUACCACAGCUACGCCGUGCGCACAGGGCCGCCCGCGCCUCCGCCCUUCGAGGAUGAGCCCGAGCCCGAAGCCUCCGGGUCCGACUCCGCGCCACCGUCCCCGGCCACCGCCCCCGUGCAGGCCCCUGCGGUCCAAGUCUGCGAGCCUGCGCCCGAGGCCCCCUCCAAGAUGGAGCCCAAGCCCAUUGUCCCCAAAGCCGAGUCCAAGGCCAAGGCCCGCAAGACCGAGGCCAGAGGGCUGACCAAGGGUGGGGCCAAGAAGAAGGCUCGGAAGGAGGCGGCGCUGCUGGCAGAGGCGGAGGUGGAGGUAGAAGAGGUCCCCAAUACUGUCCUCAUCUGCAUGGUGAUCCUGCUCAACAUCGGCCUGGCCAUCCUCUUUGUCCAUCUCCUGACCUGACCUUCAUCUACCAGAGCCAGGAGUUCCGCGGACACCAUGAUCCAUCUUUUUGCAAUGCCAGGCAGGUGGCCAAAGAGGACAAGACUCUGCUCCUGGAGCCCCGCGCCCAGCUCACAUCCACACCACAGACGCUUAAGGAGGCCUCCCCGGGGCCGUGCUG